AUGCUGGCACCCGUAACUUCCGUUCCCUUCACCGUCCAAACAACACUUGUCCUUUACAUGAAAGCGGUCGCUGCCCUGGCUUUCUCGACCUGUCGUACAACACCUCAGUCUGGACUCAAGGCCGGCACCCGUGGUUUGACUGCUAAUAUCACCAAGACCCGUUACUGGCGCCUCUGUGCCGAGGAAGCGGACACGCGGCUAUACUGGGCCGCGGAGAUGUUCCGCAGCAACUUCGUUUGCUUCAUUUGGCAAUGA